GAUACUGAUCUGAUUUUUAGUGUUGGAGAAGGGGAAUGGAGUCAGAACUUCAACCUCAACAGCAUCAAAAACAGAUGAACACUGGCUUGACAAGGUAUCAAUCUGCACCCAGUUCGUAUUUUUCCAACAUCUUGGACAGAGAUUUCUGUCAAGAGAUUCUAAACCGGCCGUCGAGUCCCGAAACAGAACGAAUUAUCGCCCGGUUACUAUCGAACAGCGACGAUGCCGGUGGCGGUGGCGGGGAUAAUUCGGAGAACAUUUCUGACCAGAAUCUGGGCUCGAUAACGCCAAACUCACCCCUUAGAGGAACGACAGUAAAAAUAGAGCCGCAAACGCAGAUAAUGACACAAAUGAACUACUUUGUUCCACAGAAUUUUUCUCAAAGCCAACCUCAACAGCAUUUGUCAAAUCAGCAACCAAAUUCAACCAUGGAUUACCGGGUUCAGAGCUCGACGGAGAUGGCGUGGCCAAAAGAGAUGAAGAUGGGAAAUGGCAAUAAUUCGAUUCUUAUUCGACAUAGCAGCUCCCCUGCAGGGUUAUUAUCAAAUAUAAACAUUGAAAAUAUCUAUGGUGUGAUGAGAGGAAUGGGAGAUUAUGGAAGUAUCAAUAGCGGUAACAAAGCAGCUGCAUUUCACUCGGCAAGCAGGCAGCCUCCAUCUAGGCUAACGAGUCCGAAACCUAGCUCCGAUAACAUUUAUUCGUCGGGGUUUCCGGGUUCUUCUUGGGACGACUCGAUGAUGAUUUCCGAUAACAUUUCCGGUGUAAAAAGACUCAACGAAGGCGAUAGUUCCGGCUUAGACUUCGACGGAGCAGAAACUCAGAACACGAUGGUGGCCGAAAACCAUCCACCCCAACUUUUGGCUCAUCAUUUGAGUUUACCGAAGAGUUCGCCGGACAUGUCUGCCAUCGAGAAGCUAUUGCAGUAUCAGGAUUCGGUUCCGUGCAAGAUCCGGGCCAAGAGAGGGUGUGCCACUCACCCUAGAAGCAUCGCUGAGAGGGUAAGAAGGACCAAAAUAAGCGAACGCAUGAGGAAGCUUCAAGACCUUGUUCCAAACAUGGAUAAGCAAACAAACACAUCCGACAUGUUAGAUUUGGCUGUUGAUUAUAUCAAAGACCUCCGAAAACAGGUGGAGACACUCUCGGAGAAUCGUGCAAGGUGUUCGUGUGGUUCCAGGCACCAGCAGCAACAAUAGUAGGUGAUGAUAGGUAAAAAAAACAAGGUAAAAUUAUUGUAGAAACCGAUUCAGCAGCGU